AUGUCCAAGGACAGCUCUUCCGGCACCACACCCGAAAGUUCCAGCUCCGGCACCGAGGCCGGUGGCUUCACGUACAAGAGCCACGGCACCAACAGCAACCACUACUGCGCGCGCGACUACGGUGCGGACGCCACAAACUCCAACACGUAUCACUAUUCCAACAGGGAUGGCUCGUACUACUACUCGAACCCCAAUGGAAGCACGUAUUACAACAACGGCCAGGGAACAGCCACAUACACCAGAGCGUCUGGUGAGAAAAGAACCUACAAGACCGACAAGUAA